CACCAGUCCAGAAUGCUGCCUAUCCAGAAUCAAUAUAAUUCAUCUUCGCCCCCGUUCAUCUCAUCAAAUCCUGACCAUUGUCUACCAUCCAAGCCACUAAACGAGAAAUCGAGGAAUUACAGUCCGUGCGUAUUGCUGCAGCCCAGAACAUUCAACCAUUACGCUUUAUCGAAUACCGUACCAACCCCUCCCCCAAGUCCCUUACGCCAAACUUAAGAUUUUCAAUACAUAUCUCUUCACUAUCCCAGCUUCCUCUCAUUCACACACAGAAGCUGUGUUUCCAACAACCAUGCCUUCACAGUGUAGGGCUAAGCUGGCCUUGCUCAAGGGCAUCCGACCAUCACUCUCCUCAGCUACCAAUGUAGCUACAACCCAGGGCAUCUUAUCAUCAUCUUGUCGAUCGAGUUGUAUUUACUGUGACAUCUGGCGUCUGGCAACCAUGAUUGCAUCUCAUGUCCCUCUGACGGCGCGCUACAAUCUCACCACCUACACACCUGCCAGCAGUCCCACAUCCUCGACACCAUCGUCACCCAUCUCACGGAGUCCUCCAUUGAAUUCAUCAUUACCCCAUGCCGCCAUUAUCUCCGCCAGCAAGAGAAUCGAGGCUCAACUCCAGCAACAGCGGUCUCAAUUGAAUUCCAUCCUCAGUAUCUGCAGCGUCUCAGGAGUCGACCAGACUGAGGGUCUCCGCAUGGCUCACGAUCGAUGUUCCCAAGCAAUCGAAGACUUGCUCGACCGAGAGGAAGACCUCGAGGAAGAUCUACUUCGCGACAUGGAGGAAAUGCAAUACGUUGCCGACUACGAAUGCGGUGCGCAGUACAAUUACGGCAGGCAAGAACGAAGGCCGAGCCUCGUUCCCGUGAGCUUCUGACUAUCUGAAGACACUACCAGUCGUCUUUGAACAACGACGACGAAGCAAGCAUUCAGAGAGCGUGGGUGAGGGUUUCAGACCUCUAGAAGAAUUGCAACGAUGGCUGGACCAACGGGAUCAAGUGCAGCAGCCUGCCUUGAAUGGUCAAGACCAGAGUAUGAUCUCAUAACGAAUAGCGAUUGAUACCAAUGUACAAUAAUACAACUACCAAUAUUGAAUCAAA